AGUACUACUGGGAAGCCCAUCAUUAAUUAUCAGCGCGUCAAAUUGUUUCUGAGUAAGUGUGUCUCCCGCUGUGCACGAGGCGCUGGCCAAGACGCGCUGCUCGCUGCUGCAUCAAAACUAUCGACCUUUUUUUCCCCCAAAAAAAACAUCUUUUCUGAAUUCUUUCUUUUGACUGUGAAAACCCCCGCUGGCCACCGAACGAUGUUUUCGUCCCGUGUUUUGCGCGCUGCGUCUCGGCGUCUGCUGAGCCCCGCCAUUGCCGCCGUUCCCAAGUCGCUUGUCUCCAUGCGCCGUGCCCCGUCGUUUUGCCAGCCGCCCGCAGCAGAGGUCAUUGGCAAGGAUGUGAAGGCAACACCGGAGAACUGGGUGACGGCGUACGUGCUGCCUGAGGUGAUUUCGAAGGACGAGGAGCAGGCUCUGCUCGGCUUCGCCGAGCCGUGGUUUGAGCGGCUGAGCUACAACGAUGGCCACGUGGACGGCCUCAUCCACCAUUACAAAGAGUUCUAUCGCUCGUAUAAUCAAAUGAUGCAGGCGACCACGACGGGCAGCGAGGAGGGGCUGCGCAUGCCCCACGCAAACCUGGACGUGAACCUUCCUCUCGUGACGGGUGCGCUGACUCGCGUGCGCGACUUGGCCCAGAGCUAUUUGCCUCGCAUUCCCAUCGACGACCGCGUCCACUUCCUGCGGCUCGCCGGGAGUGGCUUCAUUCGAGCCCACGUCGAUGAAAACCGCAACUCCACCGGUAUCGUCGCCGGCGUGUGUCUCAACGCGGGCCGUGUGAUGACGCUGACCCAUCCCAAGUACCCAGGUGAGCAGGUGGAGCUCCUGCUGGCGCCGCGCUGCGUCUAUCUCAUCAUUGGGCGCGCUCGCUACGACUGGGAGCACGGCGUGGAUUGGGUGCGCGACGAUGACGAGCACAUCCGGCGCAUUCAGAAGAGCCUCGUUGUCGAGGGCACCCCGAUCGUGUUUGACGGGGCCGAGACGCCGUUGAAGCGCUUCGACCGCACGGCAAUCAUCUUCCGUGGCGUAUCUCCCAUGAUGCUGCUGGCCCAGCGGAUGCGGCAGAGGAAGUAA